CUAGUACUUGUCGCAGCUUUCUUGGUCCUCGUCGUUUCUUCAUUCUUCUCUAUACUUGACAUAAAUCUACUCUUCUCAGUUUCGCAGCUCUGAAACCUUUCAUAAAUCCCCAGAUUUUCAACUUGUCUUCUACUUUCUUUUCCUUCUCAUUUCUCUCUCUCUCUCUCUCUCUCUCUCUCUCUCUCUCCUUUAAAUCUCCAUCUUCAUCUCCAUCUUUUUCUUUGAUUCUCUUUCUGCCGUGAAAAUCUGUAAUUUUACUAGAUUAAUUCAUUUCUUUUGCAUUUUUCUUGGAAAUUUAUGCGUCGUAUCUUUCAUAUUUUCAACUCUGUAUUUCGCCUAAUUUUCUUGUUACUAGAAUCGAUUUUUUCGUUCUGCAGCCUGCAGGAAGUUUUCUAGUAUUUGAUUGUGUCGUUAAUUUGUUCGAUUUUGGUGAACGAGUUGAGGAAAUUUGAGAUUUUUGAUGUUUUGAUUUAAUGCCUUGGUUUCUUUCCGAGGAUUUUAGUUGAUUUCGGGUUCAUGAGAUUAAUUCAAGAAGAUAGGCUGUAUUUUAGCUCAUAAAUUAUAGAAUUUGUACGUUAGCUUUCGAUUUCAAAAUCUUUUUCCGUUUUUUGGGGAUGAAUAGUAUUUUUAGUGAGGAAGUAUUGGCUGACAAGCUCUCCAAGCUCACUAAUACCCAACAAUGUAUAGAAACUUUGUCACACUGGUGUAUAUUUCAUCAGAGCAAAGCAGAAGUGAUUGUAACAACAUGGAAUAAACAGUUCCAAAGUUCUGAGAUGGCCCGAAAGAUCCAACUUUUGUAUCUUGCCAAUGAUAUACUGCAGAACAGUAAAAGGAAAGGAAAUGAGUUUGUUAUUGAGUUCUGGAAGGUGCUUCCUGCGGCUCUCAAAGAUGUGAAGGACAAGGAUGAUGAGCAAGGAAAGAAGGUCUUCUCUAGAUUGGUUGAAAUAUGGAAAGAUAGAAGAGUUUUCGGAUCCAAGUCGAAAAACCUGGAUGAUAUAAUCUUGAAAAAUGAGGCGCCUCCUGCUCUUGAAUUUAGCAAGAAGCGAUUGCGAACAGUCAAGAUCGUAAGAAGGGAUUCACAAUCCAUAAAAACGAAAUUAUCUAUUGGCGGCCCAGCUGAGAAAAUUGUGUCAGCAUUCGAUUCAGUACUUAAUGAACAUCACACUGAAGAAUCAGCGAAGAGAAAAUGCAAGUCUUCUGUUGAUCGUGUGAGAAAGAUGGACCAAGAUAUUGAAAAAGCCUGCACUCAAGCAAAGGAUCCAAAGCGGAAAACAUUGGCUAAAGAAUUGGGGGAGGAAGAAACCACUUUGAAAGAGUGCAUUGAGAAACUUAAAGUAGUUGAAGCAAAUAGAGCAAUGCUUGUUGCUCAUUUGAGAGAAGCACUGCAAGAGCAGGAAUUAGAAUUAGAGAAUGUUCGUAUGCAAAUACAGGUUGCACAAGCUCAAGCAGAGGAGUCUAACAAAUUGAGGCAGCAGCUUGAUGAUGAAAGUUAUGUUGCAUUACCAAAUUCCAAUGCAGGAAAAUCAAAGACUGCUGCAGACAUUGCCGCUAUGGUUGCUGACAAACUUACAGCCUCUAGCUCCUCUCAGAUGAUCAUGACGGAUGUCCUGUCAUCAUUUGCAGCUGAAGCGGCUAAGAAUGCCGGCCUUGCUAAAACCAACUCAGUUUCAGAUUCUUAUCCCCCUCAGUCCGUCAGUCCAGCGCCCAAUUUAAUGUCAAAGCUUGAGCAGCCUUCUUCAGUUUUAAUACCCGUUGUUGCCACAGCCGCUCCAGCCGUUCAAUAUCAUCAAUCAAUGUUGGUAAAUCAGCAAAACUUGCAAAAUACAAGUCCAAAUCUUCAGGCUCAAUAUCAGUUACUUUCAAAUGCACCAACCCAACAGUAUGCACAAACACCGAGAGCGGUCAAUUCAUAUGGUUACGGCAUCCUUCCUCCUCCACCGACACCACCACAACUGCCACCACCACCUCAUGUCGUCGGUCCAAUGAUGCCUUUGGGGCAACCACAGUUGCAAAUGAAUCAGCAGCUGAUGCCGAUGGCACAACAAUCAGCCCCAUUGUCACUACAGCAACCCAUGCUGAUGAUGCAGCAACAACCGCCGCGGCCUCCAAGUUUCCGCCCUCUUCAACGCCCUGGUAUGUUGUUUUUUACUCAACCCAAUCAAAAUCAGUGAUCUCCAAGUUUGUGACAUUAGUUAGAUCGAAUUUUCUUCCUAUUAAAGUCAAGCUUUCAAUAUUAUUUCAAGUGGCACCACACAGAAAGAGCCUAUAAGAGUAUGAAGUAAAAUAGGUUGAGCUCUUUUUAGUUCAUGUAACUUAGGAAUCAUUAGUUAGUACUAGAUAAGUAUCUCUUGACACGAAGCAGGUAGGGCUGCGUAAUGUGUAAUUGCUGAGUAAGCCUGAUAUUAGGUUAUUCAGUCCCAUAAUUUGCUAAUUGCUAACCGUAGCUAGUUUCUUCUUAUGUUAAUCAUAUGGCUCCUUUCUCGGGGAUUGCAAAGACUAGCCCCGCUGUAUCCCAUGAUGUUUGAGUUUAAUCAUAAAGCUUUCACCUAUUUUUGGUAAGACGUGGCAAACAUUGAAGAGAGGGAAUGCCUGUACAUAUCUGGCGCUCCCUGUCUUUUUAUAGAAGUAGAAAAUGAUCAAAGCGUGAAAAACUCGUUCGAUUUAUGGAUGCCAGCAAACAAACCAUGGUUGUCUUUUGAUACCAUGAAGGGUGUAUCCUUCAUUCAAUUCGGGCUGGUGCCAAAAAAUGCAGAACUAUCAAAGCAUGAUUGUUGAGAAUUCGACUGUAUCAAUUCAGGUCUCAGGAGCAAUUACUAAGCUUAUUUUCAAUGAACGCUUAUGUUGUGGGAGUUUCCACUGUCCUCCCAACGUCUCUUGAAAUAAGUUUUGAGCUAAAUUAUGUUUUUUGGAUUUGCUUUCAUCUAUAACUUGAUAUUGCUUAAUGUCUACUUAAACAUUUAACAUUGGGUAAUAAUGGGUAUAAAAAGGUAAUUGUUGCCACUUAGAAACAUUGUAAUUAAAUAACCAUUAAUAUUAUAUAGAACCGUUCAUAUGCCUGCGGUUUUGAAUAUAGAACGCCUUGAAGUAAGUUUGAGCUAAACUAUCUUUUUUGGAUUGACUUUUAUCUAUAACCUGGUUUUGCUGAAUUAAGUCUACAUAAACAAUGGAUUCAUUUAUCACAAUUUCUUGUGAGAGACGGUCUCUUUGAGAGACUAUUUGUAAUUGAGUCGACUCAUUAUAUAUUUUAUAAAAUAUCAUAAAUAGACAUUUAAAAUAUUAAAAGUAGACUUUAGGAUUUGGUAAGUAAGCAUUAAGGAUAAUGUAAGUAGGCAUUAAGAAUACGGUAAGUAGGUAUUAAUCUUUAAUAGGUUGGGUUUGAGAUACGUCUCUUAAGAGAUUAAUUGUUUAUUUAUAGAACUACUAAUUAGACCGUUGUUUUUAAUAUAGAACUGCAGAUAAUGUUAGCAUAAGUUGUUUUAUUAGUCAACAUUUUGCAAAAGGCUCAAGUAUAUAUGAUCGGACUAUUUAACUCGUGUACCAGAGUCAAGUGUUAAGAGUCAUCUUGGUGAAAUCUUAUUGAUUGACAAUCUUAAAUUAAUUAGCCACUUUGGUCAGAGUCAUCUUUCAGUGAGACGAUUUGAAAACAAAGAGUUAAUAUUUUUAUAAUAUGUAUAUUAGAUGUACUAUUUAAUUAGUGUACCAAAUGCGUCUCAUAGUGAAACCAUCUCACUUGUAUAGUGAACUUGAUUUUAAUCCAUAUUUUAUAUGUCAAGUCCAGUCUUAAAUGAGUUCAAUUAAAUUUAAAUAGUUACUCUUGUAAGUAAUCGUUUUUCAGUAAAACAACUUUAAAACAAAGAGUUCAUAUUCUCAUAAUUUGUAUUAGGUUUAGUUUUAAACAUGUUCGUAGCAGGUCUAGGUGGUGUCUACGUCUAAAAACAUUGGACUCUAAUCUAGUCUUAUUCAUCCUUUUUCCUUACUUUUGCAAAAUAAAAUUUAAAGGGUUUUUCCAAGUAUUGUUAUCAGGGUUACCAGAUCUAUUUCUUAACUUCACAUUGAGCUAUUGGUUCAUGUCAAAUGCUACAUAUGUCUCAAGAGAUACUAAGAGAACUACCCACCAUUAGCACUAGAAUAACGAGUUAAAUGAAGAACCUUUCUAAUGUAAAGUAGAACAAUACUCAACUUCUAAAUAAGGAAUUACGUAGUCUUAAGUAAUUGCUUAAUACAUCUAAAAAAAUAAUUACUCAAUAAUAAUAAACUUAAACUAUUAU